CUUCCUAGUUUGGUUGCAGUCUACCCAUGUGGGUUCAGUGUUGACUUGAUGGUAGGAAAGUUGGAGAGUUAGCUCUAUCAAAGCUUUGCUGUUCUGCAACAGCUGUCUCUCGCGUUUCAACAUGUCUUCGUCGUUCUUCAUAAAGAAGAAAGAAAAUCCCAAACUAGCCAAAAAGGUGAAAAACACAGCAGGUCCAAAACGAAAACAGGGUGAUGGCACAUUAAAGGCGAAGAAACCAAGCUCCAAAUACAACGAAGAGAUUUCGAGCGACUCUGAGACAGAGAGUCCGGCAGUGUCCAAGAAAAGGCAGUCAAACGAGGAGAUUGAAUAUGAUGAAACUCCACAAGAGAAGAAGCUUAGAUUGGCUAAAGUUUACCUUGAACAGCUGAAGGAAGAAGAGGAAAAGAAAGCGGAAGAAGACGCCUUUGAGGCAGACCUGAUUGCUGGAAGACUCCAAGAAGAAGUGCUUGAACAGAAAGGAAAACUCCAGAGGCUUAUUGCCAAAGAUAUCGUACCACCAGAUCCUUCAGAGAUCAGAGUGUUGAGAGGACACAAACUUCCAAUUACUUGUCUGGUCAUCACAGCCGAUGACAAGUGCAUCUUCUCUGCUGCCAAGGACUGCUCCAUCAUUAAAUGGGAUGUUGAGAGUGGUAAGAAACUGCAUACAAUACCUGGAGGACGGAAAGGGACACAGGAUCGCCAUGUUGGACAUACAGCUCACAUCCUGUGUAUGUCCAUAUCUUCAGAUGGAAAAUACUUGGCAACUGGAGACAUGAACAAACUUAUCAUGAUUUGGGAAGCAGAGACUUGUAAACAUCUAUACACAUUUUCAGGACACAAAGGCCCUGUGUCGGGGCUCUCGUUCAGGAAGGGAAGUCAUGAUCUGUACAGUGCCUCUCAUGACCGCUCAGUCAAGGUGUGGAAUGUGGAUGAGAAUGCAUACGUGGAGACUCUCUUCGGCCACCAGGACGCCAUCACAGGACUGGACAGCCUGAGCCGUGAGCGCUGUGUGACUGCGGGAGGACGGGACCGCACCGUGAGGGUGUGGAAGAUAGCCGAGGAGUCUCAGCUGGUGUUUCACGGCCACGAGGGCUCAAUCGAUUGUAUCCAGCUCAUUAAUGAGGAGCACAUGAUAACAGGAGCUGAUGAUGGCUCUGUGUCUCUUUGGAGCGUCAACAAGAAGAAGCCUCUCGGCACAGUGAAGCAGGCUCACGGUUGCCAUGGUGAUGCACGGCUGGAGCAGCCUCAUUGGGUGACUUCAGUAGCGGCGCUUCAGAACUCAGAUACCGUUGCCUCAGGUGCCUCUGGCUGUUCUCACAACUCACAGGUGAAUGUUUGGAAGUGUGGCCAGAAUUAUCGAGGGCUGGAGCUUCUAUUCAGCAUACCGGUGACGGGUUUUAUCAACAGUCUCAAGUUUUCAAGCUCCGGUCAGUUCUUGGUGGCUGGAGUCGGACAGGAGCACAGGUUGGGCCGCUGGUGGAGACUAAAAGAAGCCAAGAAUGGGAUUUACGUUAUUCCUCUUAAAAGGAAGCCUUCUAAUCCUGGGGAAGCCAAGAUGACUGAAUAAUGAACUGUUAAAUGUCUUUUUGUUUUUGUAAAUUAAAGGUUUAAAAACAGCCUA